UGGCCACGCCCCCUUGAAUGUUGGUUUAACUAAAGUUUGUCGGAGUCUCCGCAGCUCUUCGCGAUUAAUUUAACCUCGAAACCGGCGCAUUUCAGCUCUGUUUCAGCCACUCUCUCUGGAUUAUACUCUGAAGAUGGAAUAAGGAGCCAUCAUGGUGGUGAAUUCGGUGCACUGGUUUCGCAAGUGUCUACGGUUGCACGAUAAUCCGGCGCUGCAGGAGGCCCUGAAUGGAGCGGACACGGUGCGCUGUGUUUAUAUCCUGGACCCGUGGUUCGCUGGCGCCGCUAAUGUGGGAAUCAACCGAUGGAGGUUUCUGCUGGAGGCCCUGGAGGACCUGGACAACAGCCUGAAGAAGCUCAACUCCAGGCUGUUUGUAGUGCGAGGGCAGCCCACAGAGGUCUUCCCCAGGCUCUUCAAGGAGUGGAACGUGACCCGUCUGACGUUUGAGUACGACCCCGAGCCUUAUGGGAAGGAAAGAGACGGAGCCAUCAUCAAGAUGGCCCAAGAGUUCGGAGUUGAAGCCGUCAUCAGAAACUCGCACACCCUCUACAACCUGGACAGGAUCAUUGAGAUGAACAACAACAGUCCUCCUCUGACCUUUAAGCGUUUCCAGACCAUUGUGAGUCGACUGGAGUUGCCACGGAGACCGCUGCCUCCCAUCACCCGGCAACAGAUGGACAAAUGUCACACUCAGAUAGGCGAGAACCACGACCUGCUGUACAGCAUACCGUCACUGGAGGAACUCGGUUUCAGGACAGAGGAUUUAUCUCCAGCUGUGUGGCGAGGAGGAGAGUCGGAGGCCUUGGACAGACUCAAUAAACAUCUGGACAAAAAGGUGUGGGUGGCCAACCUGGAGCACCCCCGGGUGAACACCUGCUCCCUGUACGCCAGUCCUACAGGCCUCAGUCCUUACCUGCGCUUCGGCUGUCUGUCCUGUCGGGUUUUGUACUACAACCUCAGAGAGCUCUACAUGAAGCUCCGGAAGCGUUGUAGUCCUCCUCUGUCUCUGUUCGGGCAGCUCUUAUGGAGGGAAUUCUUCUACACGGCAGCAACAAACAACCCAAACUUCGACCGUAUGGAAGGAAAUCCCAUCUGUGUCCAGAUCCCGUGGGACCAGAACCCGGAGGCCCUGGCUAAAUGGGCCGAGGGUCGGACCGGGUUCCCCUGGAUCGAUGCCAUCAUGACCCAGCUGAGGCAGGAGGGUUGGAUCCACCACUUGGCCCGACACGCCGUGGCCUGUUUCCUGACCAGAGGAGACCUGUGGAUCAGCUGGGAGAGCGGCAUGAAGGUGUUCGAGGAGCUGCUGCUGGACGCCGACUGGAGCGUCAACGCCGGCAGCUGGAUGUGGUUGUCCUGCAGUGCCUUCUUCCAGCAGUUCUUCCACUGCUACUGUCCCGUCGGCUUUGGACGGAGAACCGACCCUUCAGGAGACUACAUCAGACGUUACAUCCCCAUCCUGAAGGAUUACCCAAACCGCUACAUCUACGAGCCCUGGAACGCCCCCGAGUCGCUACAGAAGGCGGCCAACUGCGUGGUGGGAGUGGACUACCCCAAACCCAUGAUCAACCACGCCGAGGGCAGCCGGCUGAACAUCGAGAGGAUGAAGCAGGUUUACCAGCAGCUGUCCCACUACAGAGGACUGAGUCUGCUGGCUUCAGUCCCGACGAUCCAGGAGGAGGCAGAGCCGCCGAUGACGGAUGAGUCUCAGACCAGCAGUGGACCUGACUCUCCUCCCAGAGAUGCUGCCGACGGUGAAGCCGCCGGCUGCUCCGUGGCUCCGGACUCCUCCACCGUCUGUUCGUUCUCCGUCCCGCCUCCAGACCUGGAGGACCGGCCUCCCUGCACCUCCUCCCUCCCUCGGCUUCCCUCCCCCAGGUCCAAACCCUCGUCUCCGUCCUCCACCUCGUCCCCGUCGCCCAGCCCGGCCUCCGUCGCCCAGAGGAGGAAGGGAAUCGCCCGCAAGGCGAGGCGCAGCCAGAGGCAGCGGGGGAGGCCCAGCUGCCCUCCUGCAGCCAGAGGGGAGGAGAUGGGGGAGGAGAGGAUGGAGGAGGAGGAGCAGCUGGAGGAGAAGAUGGAGGAAGAGGAGAAGAUGGAAGAGGAGGAGGAGGCGACGGGACAGCAGCAGUGAAGGCAGAUGGAGCGUUAAAGAACAAUCUGCAGACAUCCAUCCUGGACACACGAGGAACAGACGCUGUCCUGGAAACGUGGACGACAUGAAUACACACAGCAGCAGCACGCACACAACAGCACAACAACACAACAGCAACACAAUGUGGAAACGGUGCAAAAGCAUUUUACUCCGGAAAGAAGCGAAAACGCUCGAAGAAUGAUUGAAGUGUUUGAGCUCGGAGUGUUCUAGAUGAGUAAUCUUCUCUUACGCGCUUCCACACAUCCCAUAAUGAACAUGGCGACCAGACAGCAGCGUCUGUGUUUGUAAAAGGAAGCGCUGGUUUGUGUUUCUGUGGUUUUCUGAAGAUUUAACGAGAAGCUCUGACCUUCAGGCUGUGGAUGAAGACGGAACAAAUGGCUUCUUUAACUUUUCACCAUUUAAAUUAGUUUAGAAACACGGAUGAUUCCAGCGACACGAGGCGACGGCGACACUCUGGAGGUGUUUUGGUUUCACUUUGGGUGAAGCUCGUCCGUCUUCAUCGACAGCCUGAAGCUCGUUCUCAGACCAAAAACUGAUUCUUCUGUUUCAGCAGCAGCGGUAAAAAUGUAAAAUGCAGAGUUCAGACCUCAGGAUGUGACGGAGUUUUGGUUUGUUUUUGGUCGAUUCUAGAGAACGAAGCACCUUCAGCUGCUUUAACGUGUCCAGGACCAGCAGAGCCACAAAAAAACAGCAUUAGUCAUUUUAUCUCGCUAUAGAAGAGGAUUUAAACUGUAAUUUUUGGGCUAAAUGGCAAAAAAUGCCGCAAGAAAUCAAGCAGCCAAACAAGACUUUUUCCUGUUUAUCAUGACGUUAAUAUUUUAAAAUAAAAUGCACAAAAGUCAAAUUAUACUCCGAUAAAACGUGGCACCAGAUGAAGUUAUGCUGCUAAAUGCUACAUUUCUAUGGUUUUUGUUAAGAUGCUCCCUGAUUCAGAGGAGCUGAAGAAGAAAAAAAUCACUGAUUAUUUUUCCUUAUUUGUUUUUGAUUUAUUUUUCCUCGUGUCUCCAGCAGAAGCUCUGAUGACAAUCGAGGCUAAAAAGCUACAAAGACUCUAAAGCGUUCACAUUUUGAAAUUUAAAAUCUGUUUUUUGAAUAAUUAUCAAUUUUUUUUGGCGAUUGUUUAGUCCAAGUUAUGCCAAAAUGUUUUGCUGAGCUGAAGGUGACGACUUAGAUUUUAAAAAACUUGUAAAAAUCCUCUGCGUGAUUCACCACUUCUUUGAUUUGACCGUAAAAUAUUCACCUCACUGUCUUAUGACAAUUUAAUAUUAUUUCAUUUUAGUUAUAGAGCACAAAUUCACAGCAUAUGUCAUCUCAGGGUGCUUAGGAGUUUUAACCCUUCUGUUGUCAUUUACAGGCACCAAAAAAUAUCGUUUCCUUGUCUGGAAAAAAUCCCAAAAUUCUGCAAAAAAAAAUCCCCAGAUUUCUGAAAAUUUGCAAAACCUUCAGGAAGAAAAUUCCAAUAAUUCCUUAAAAGUUUCCCUUAAGUCUUAUUUUUAAAAAAUCCCCCAAAUUUGGCAAGGAAUUCUUGUAAAUAUUUUUCAAAAAAUGAAUAAAAAUCUUUCAAAAAAUUCCUAAAAAUAUCUAAAGUAUUACCAUAUAUAUCAGUAAAACUUUUAUCUUCUUUAAGAACAUUCACGUAAAAAUCAACCAAAAUCCAGCGAAACCGAAAGAAUCUUCUUAAAUGUCUUUGGUUUAUGCAAAAGUCUCAAAAACAAAGAUUCAGUUUACAGUCAAGUACGGCUAAACAUGGCACUUGAUUGGCACCAAUUAUUGGCAUUUCUGCUCCAAAAACGAUCAUUUAGUCCAUUAAACAUUAAAAAACGUGAAAGGAUGUUGAACUUAAGUACUGUCUUCAAAUGUUGGUUUUUUUGGACCAAAAGUCAUAAAAAUACCCCGACAGGUUCAGUUUAUGGCCAAAUGGGACCAAAAAUAGCAUCCAAUUGGUACAAAUUUUUGUCUUUUCUGCUCCAACAAUAACAGUUUAGUCCAUUAAACAUCAAAAAAAUGACGGCAAAUCUUAUAUUGUCAUAAAAUCCACAAAUAUUUUCUAUUUUUCACUGUAUUUGCUGAAAGCUUUCUCCGUUAACCCUCCUGUUGUCCUCAUUUACAGGCACCAAAAAUAUUGUUUCCUUGUCUGAAAAAAAAAUUCAGCAAAAAUAUUUCCCAAAUUUCUGAAAAUUUGCAAAACCUUCAGGAAGAAAAUUCCAAUAAUUCCUUAAAAGUUUUCCUUCAGAUUUAUUUUUAAAAGAUCCCCCAGAUUUGGCAAGAAAAUUCUUGUAAAAAUUUUCAAAAAAUGAGCAAAAAUCUUCCAAAAAAAUCCAAAAAAUAAGUGAUUCCAUAUAUAUUAGUGAAGCUUGUUUUCUUUAAGACCAUUCAGAAAAAAAUGAACCAAAAUCCAGUGAAAUUCGCUAGAUUUUUGUUGAAAUUUUUUUCCCUGAAUGUUCUUAACCCUUUGAUGCAUAACCUGGAUCAAAAGUGACCCAAAUCCAAUGGAAAAUGGGCAUCUCCUCAUGUGGUCUAUGCAUCAAAGGGUUAAAGAAACUUUUUUUACUUUUUUUUUUUUUUUAAACCAAAAACCAUUUCCCAAAAAUGUUAAAUGUGGAAGUUUUCACUGUGAAAAUACAUAUUUUUUUCUCACAUUUUCAAACUUUAAAAGGGGUCAGUUUGACCCACAGGACGACACGAGGGUUAAACCACAGACUGGUUGAUAAACUCAGAGCUUCUGUUUGAUGUUCUCAUUUCAGGAAGUGUUCUCGAUGACAUCACACAGGUUGUAGAGGACGCUGAGCUCUGAUUGGUGGGACACUGUAGUAUUUCCUGUAAGAAGCGUUUUCAGGCCUGAACUCUGCGUUUGUUUUGUCCAGACAGAUGUGGACGGUUUAAAUGUUCAUUUGUAAAUGACCCGAUGUGAAUGUUUAGGAGAAUCUCUGAUAUUUUUGCUAGCAGCGACGUUAACUAAUUAGGGAACACGAUGUUUUUCUAGUCCUCGACUCCCCGUCUGGUCUGAGACGCUCUGAAUUCGGGGGAUGGAGGAGAGUUUCUUUUUUUUGUUGUUUUUUUGCCAUAUUUUUUUCUGUGGCAACUGAAAAUGCUGCUUGUGUGACUUGAAUGUAGAGAAAAAAAAAGAAAUGUUGCUUUGUUGUUCUCCCCACGUAUUUAUCAGUUUAUAUAUAAAGCUGUAAAAGCUGUAAUAUCCUGUCUGUUUCACUAAAGGUCUGAGUCGGGGGUUUCACAAAGACUGUGUCCAGUAGGGGGCAGCGAACGCACCACGAGGUCAGUGAACUGCACAAACCCGACAGGUCUAGUCCGAUUUAUCAACCAGUCCAGAAAUAAUCAGAGAAAUCUGCCAGAAAACAGCUCAGAGAACAAAGAGAAUCACUUUAAAAUCAUAAACAUCCACAGUUUUAGAUGCAAUCUAAAUUUCCUAAUUAACAAUUACCAGCUAACUUUAACUCAAAUUUACUUUUUUAACCAAAAUUCUUCAUAAAGGUCAAUUCUUUGUCUCCUACAACCUCAAUUAUCAUUUUCACUCGAUUUAUCUGCCAAUGAUUUAUUUUUUCAUCUGUGAAAUGCCACAUAAAAAAAACUGCAAAACCAGUGCAAAGCAGGAUCUUUAAUGUUUAAUUUUGUCUUAAAAAAAUCUAAAAAUAUUCACUUUCAUGUCUCAAAGCGCUAAAUAUCAGAGACAAGAAGCUGGAACUGAAAAUACGUAGUUUUUUGCUUCUUAAAAACGUCAAUUUGAUCGUCCUAAACAUGUUAAACUGAAAAAACUGCCUGUUAUCUGGCAGAACAGCUUCUAGUAAUUGACUUUUUUAACCCAUUUUUUCUGCCAAUUAUCCAUUUGUUGUAUAUAAAAUGUCAGAAAACAGCAAAAACGGUGCAAAGCAGCAUCUUUAAUGUUUAAUUUUGUCUCAAGAUAAAAAUAUACUCGGUUUCAUGUCAUGAAGUGUGAAAUAUCGGGCGAGAAGCUGCAAACUGAAAAUAUUUUCAUUUCUUUGCUUUUAAAAAGACUAAAAUGACAAUUUGAUCAUCUUAAACAUGUUAGAAAACUGUAAAAACUUUCCAUUUUCUUAUCUGGCAUAACAACGGCUUCUAAUAAUUAGCGUUUUUACCUGAUUUAUCUGCUAAAUGUUAGGGUUUUUUGUCUAUAAAAUACCAGGAAAUAGUAAAAAAAAAAAAAAAAAAAGGCAAACGCUAAAGCACUGAUAAUUUAAAAAGCAUGUAUCUUUAAAGUCUUUGUCAAAAAAAGAUUUUAAAAUUUCUAGUUUUAAACUGGAAACUUGCUUUUAAUGACAAAAAUAUCGAUUAGUUGCACUAAAAUGUGUUUAUUAAUUCUGCUAAAGCUACAGUUUAUAUCUGGCUUUCAAUACAUUAUUAGAAAACCAUUUUAUUAUCCCACAAAAUAACAUUUUAUGAAAAAACGGCUUCAAUAAAUGAUGACUUUUGUUCAAUUUAUCUGCCAGUUAUUACUUUUUCGUCUAUAAAAUGCCAGAAAACAGCAAAAACGGUGCAAGACGGCGUCUUUAGUGUUCAAUUUUGUCUUAAAUCUAAAUUUAUUCAGUUUAUUUUCAUGUGCACCAAAGAAAAGCAACCAAUAACGGAGAAACUAGAAACAGAAAAUGGUCAAAAAUGAUCAAAAUAGUUCCUUAUCAAUUUCUGCUAAUUGCUGCAACUUUAAUUCUAAAAUAUUGUCAAUAUAUGGAUUACAUUCAAUCAAUACGUUUGUCCAAAAAACAGUCAGAAAAUAAUAAAAAUAAAUAAAAUGCAUCCUAAAGGUUUACAGUCCAAUGCGACAAAUUUGUCUAAAUUGCGAAAAUGUUCAGUUUACUCUUAUUUAUGACAAAUAAAAACAUCAAAUCUUUAAAAACUGAGAAACUGGAAACAAAAAAAUGAAAGCUAGAAAAUAACAAGCAGUAAGUCGAAGUAGGCGUCUUUAAAAUAAGUUUUUCUGUCUAAAACUUCCAGAAAUAUUCACUUUAAUUACUGCACAUUUUAAACAUAAAUUUUCACUUUUCGAUGAAUUUGAUGAAGCAUUUUGUCAAAAUCAUGCCAGAAAAUUAUUUUUAGAAAAACCUGUUCUAAUAUCCACAAUGAUGGGAUGUCUUUAGUGUCUUAUUUUAUGUACGAAAAAACAAAACAAGCAAAAAAUGAAUCAACUGAUUUUCACAUUUGAAGACCUAGAAAUAGAAAAUCUUCAUAAUUUCUGCUUUCAAAACAAUUAUCGUCAUUAAAUUAAGUUUUUCUGGUUAAAUUAUCACAUAAAAUGAUUUGUCAGAAAACUUUGACACACUAAGUGAUACAAAAACUAAAUCCAUUUCUGGGUUUCCUCGAACGUUUCCAAACAUCUGGCCUUGUCGGGUUUGUUCUGCAGGGAUCCGGUUUAUUUCUGACGUUUUACAAACUGACAAUCAGUCGUCCUGCACUUUGUUUAACUUUUCUUCAACCAAACGGCUUCGUGACGUUUUAGCUGCGACCUCCAGAGGAUUUAAGCCAUAGGAGCAGCUGGCCUUUGUGAAACCCCCUCAGUGCUGCCUAGAGGGAAGAGAUUUACCCCAGAGGGGGUAAGAGAGAGUCUGAGACGAACCGCCGGCCCCCAGAGGGAGUUCAAGAGGAGUGGGAGCUGAGACGCUAAAAUUUCCCACUGAUCCUGAACGCAGCAACAGAGCGGACGUCCAUUAAACCACAGCCGAGGCCCCGAGGGACCCGAGGUUCCGUCUGAGGGCCGGAGGUUCUGUCCGACAACGUGGGCCGCACCGAUAUUUAUUUGUUUUGUACAAACAGAGUUUAUUUUCAUUAAAACUGCUGAAGGAACUGUGA